ACACAAAAUUAAUCAAAAUGGCGACGCGUUGUAGUGACAGUAAUUAACCCUUUCGAUUGUGCUGGUUGUAAACAAUUUGAAUUGCAAAUGUCUGAUUGAAUAUUGAUUCUAAUUAAACGACAAGAUGUGUGCAGCUAAUUAAGGACAGCAAACUUAUGAAUAAGGAUGACAACCAUGUGUGAUCAACCGCAGACAGAUAUGGGCAUAGUUUGAUGAUCCGCAGUUGGAUAUCACAUUGCAAUUGAAUCAUCGUCACAAUAAUGGACAACCUGUCAGAUUCAUUCCGAGGGGAACUGGACUCUGUGACUUCUACGGACUCCCUCCCAUUGAUCACUGAUGAAUUUCAUUUGCGACACCUGUCCACGCCUGAUGUCUCGAAUAUCGAGCUGUCCAAACGAGUGGCUCUGCUAGAGCUGGAGAACGAACGACUACGCGUUGACCUGGAGAAUGCUCGAAUAGAUCUCAACGCCCGGAUCGCCGCGAAUCAGGGUCUCAAAGGCAAGAUAACCGAGCUGUUUGUCGAGAUGCAGACGGUGCUGCGGGACAAGCAGAAGCUGCAGAACACGUUGACGGACACCAACAGUCGCCUCUCCGCGGCGGAAACCUCAGCCAAGUGGUACCAGUCGCAGGUGCACAUCCUGAUGGCCGGCAAGAAGAGUCUACAGGUGGAGAUAGACACGUACCAGGGUAUACUGAAGCAACGACAGCGGGCAAUAGCGGAUAUAAACGCCAGCUACAAGAAACUGAGCACAGAGUACACCGAGUUGGCGCAACAGUAUCAGAGGGAGAAGCAGGAGAUGCAGGGCGCGAUAAAGGAUCUGCAAUUGCGCAUCCGAUCCAUUGACACGGUGCAGGAUACGUCGGAUGGAACUUCGACGGCUAGUCCCACAGACGUGUCCAUGGUGUUGGAAGCGACCGAGGACGAAUUGCGAAAUACCAGGAGCGAGCUGAAGACACUGGAGCAGUGUCUGCUGAGUAACGAGGUUGCCAGGAUGUCCAUGGAGAAUACGUUGAGCAAGCAACGCGUCCUGAUCGCGUCUAUGGAGGAAAGUAUACAGAAAUGUGAGACAGAAAAGAACGAGACUGCAGAUUUGUUACGGAAGACGCAGUUUGAGAUACAGAAGCUGAGAUCCGAGAACGAGACGCUGCAGACUUCCUUGAUGACGUCCAAACGAGAGCAGAGUCAAGUGGAGGACGCGAUAUCUCAUCUAAGGAUACAGCUGACCAAGAUGAUAGCGCAGUAUAAACUGCUAAGAUCCAAGAACGCGGAAUCCGAAGAGAAGCUGAGUAGUAUGCAGGAUCUCGCGAGUGAGAAUAAACGUUUGAGGACCUUGUCGCACAAAGCAAACAGUUCUCUGCUGAAGAAGCUCAGGGAAGAGAAGACGAAGAUAAAAACUUUGGAGCAGAAACUUCACUGCAGGCAGAUGAAUAAUCAACUUAACGAUAUGAGAAACAAAACAGAACAUUCUUUGCGUGAAUGUCUGAAACAAGUUCUGCUGCGAAACAAGGAUUUACAGGGACAAUUGAAAUCUGUGACCAGAAUAACCGAUGAGAGCAUCGAUGAAGGAUACGGUGACAGUAACAGUAUUAACACCUCCUCGGUUUCCUUGGACAUUCCGUUGUCGUCGUCUCUUAUGAAUUCGGUAUUGCUGAACAACGCGGUCGACGUUCUCGCGCGAAGCAAGGAUUUUGCUUUGCCGAUGCAGGAAAAGUUGAGCGCCCUUCGAUCCAAGAUGGAAACACUCCGGGAUCAGUGCAACGCGUUAAGUCAACAAAAGAAUCUUCAUUCCAGUGUCAACAAUAUGAUUUCUCCGAGAGAUUCCACAUAGUUUAAGGUCUAUCUCUUGUUCGCGGAUACGCGAAUAAAAUAUAGCCCCUUAAAGAAAAAGAGAGAGAAAGAAAAGAAUUAUAUAUUUAUUUUACACUAUAUACAUAUAUUUACGUAUAUCGUGUUUAAUUGAGAGAAUUUAAUUUUUUGGAAUCCUAAUUAGCAAAAUAAAACGCAUUUAAGUAUUACUAUAAAUAUAUGUUAAAAAGAGAGAUAUUUAAUAAUACAUACUUGAGUAUUACUGGUUGAAGUGUAAACAAGAGGUUGUAAAGUGACAGCGUCAGUAUUUAUUUGUUAUAUUUUUGAAUAUACUAUAUAAAUGUUAUACUUGUUAAAUGUUAUAUAUAUUUAUUUCUAACUUAUGUAUUCGCGCGAAAAAUUCGGUUUAUUCGCUAUUGAAAUUUAUUUAAAAAACUAGAUAACGGAAGCAAUGUAUCAACAUUAUGUAGUAAAUAAAUAUAAAUAUGUAUAUUAACAAUAUAUGUAUAUGAUAUAAUUAUAUAAAACUCACGCAUAAAGCGCGAUAGCUAAAACGUCGAAUAAUGUGUCAUUAUUCUAAUAUGUAAAAAUUGGUGUAAUACACAAAUGUCAGUAUUACAACAUAUAAUAAAAGGUAUUUAUAUUAUUAUUGUUGUCAAAGAGAAAUUUUAUGAAGAGAUGUGCUAAAAAAAUUUCGCGAAGUUGGCUACGACCUGUGCGAUUAAUGUUUUAUUAAAAAUAAAAUGAAACAUAUACAAGAGAGAGAAUGAAUUAGCUAGUGCGACAAUAUGUAUCGUUAUAUUUAUGUACUUACAGCUAUCGUGGAAUAAAUGUAGAGACAAUGUAUAAAUAUUCUCUUGCAUAUCUUGUAAUGCAACAGUAUUUGUAAAAGCGCAAUAAAGUUACUGAGAUCUUCCAGACA